CACUUCCCUUAUGCUAUAACAUGAAAGUAACCAUCCUCGAUUGGCACGUUGUUGUUUCGUCUUCACGUCGUUCGUUAAUUUUUUUGAAAUUGGUGUUACUUGAUUGUUUGGAUUGUUUUAAUAUUAAUCUUUAAAAUGCCAAAAGAAAGAAUUCAAAAAAAAUCUAGGGUCCAUCAACAAGCGGCUCAGGUACAGCGUCAAGGUAGGCUUGCUGAAGUCACUGAAGAGUGACUGUCGGUGUCAGUAUCAGUACCUCUAACUCUAGUCUAUUUCUAUUUAUUUAUCUAUCUGUGUUUAUGAAUGUAAACACCACCAAGCCACUGAGGAUAAAAAUCGAAGUGGCUCAUUAGAUUAAAUUGUUUAUUCCAGAAUUUUAUCUUAGAAACUUUCUACAUUGUAUAUACAGCUACAAUUUCAAUUAGUAAUUGUAGAUGCAAGAACUUAUAAAUGACACUUGAACUUGAAUGUUUAGUUUGCAAACAUAAAUCAGUUUAUCUCAUUCAUAACUUUAACACUGGGCUGGUGGGCUGGGCAAAAAGGGUCAAAGCUGUUGUCAUAAAAAAUAAUGAAGAUUUGGAUGCCAACUAUCAGCAAUGUGAGCACAAAGUUGACAUAUUACAUUAUUCAUUAUUCUUCCGAAAGAUCUGUUUUGAAAAUAUCAGUGUAACUACCUUAAUCUAUUUUUGAUAAAUGCAAAGAGAUGUCACCAUCACAUAUCACACGGCCGCCACCUUGGUUGCUGCGACCCGUGAACUUUUACGGGUUCAUGGGUCACGGCAACCCAGAUGGCAUUCGUGUAAAAAAAACAUACAUAAGCUAAAAUGGGGAAGGAAAUUAGGGGAAUGUGCUGUUUUGAAUAAAACGUCAAAAUUUAAUUAAAUAAUUUCAGCCUGUACAUAAUUUUCGGGGCAAUCGAAGCUACUUUAUUGUAUCCAUCUAGAUAUUCUGCAAGAAGCACCAUUACCUGCAGUCGCCCCCUUACCUCUGGUAAUUUCAGCAGUUAGAUUCUCAUUCCCAUCAACUAAAAUACAUUAGCUGCUACAGUUACACAUUGCAGAAAUUGACCAAAAGCAGCAUAUACAUCAGCCAUGUGAGCAGGGUGGGCUAUAUGUUACAGGAUGUUUACAAAAUUGAGAUUUUAAAAUGUUUUUUUAUAUUUUAUUUUAACAGGUAUAUCUUUUAGAACUGAAAUAGGCCAGCAUAUUCUGAAGAAUCCUAUGAUUGUUACAAAUAUGGUUGAAAAGGUAUUUAAUAAAAUUACUUGCUUUGUCUUUGUGCAUUGUAGAGUGUUGAUUGAUUAAUUACUAAAUUUAAAUAAUUCAUAAAAAUAAUAAAAAAUAAUAAUUGAUGUCAUAGAAAAACAUUUUUUUUUAAUAAAAAUUCAAAUGUAUUUUAAUUUUAUAUAUUUCCCAUUGGCCAGUUAUAUAGAGUUUACACUGGCUAACACGUGUGUGGGGUGUAUGAAUUAGUUAAAACUUUUAACAAUACAAUGUAAUGAAUCCAAUUAUAACUGAGAGAAGCUUCACAAAUUUCUAAGGGUUAUGCAACUCACUUAAGGUAAAAAAAAAAUAUUGUUCCUUUCAGGACUACGAGAUAUGAGCAUUAAAAGUUAUUGAUAAUGAGACAUCAAUUAGUUUUAUUCUAAUUAUUUUCUAGUAUCUUGUUUUUUUACUUGCACUCAUUGUUUUCACUAUAUGAAAAAAUAAAAUUAUGUGUUGUGCUGUAAAACAGGAAAAUCUUUUCAACUGAUAAUGCCACAGUGAGUUUCAACUGAACGUAGGGCCAUAAAUUUAUAAUUCAAAGUAACUUAUUUCAGAAGCAGAAGGAGUGUUAAAGUAUUUUGUCUGAGUCGUCCACUGCCAUCCUUAUUUUCAAGUUCUUGGGGGACAUUGAAUAUAUAUGCCGGACAAAAUCAAUUGAGAAAAGUUACAAUUUUUCAUUAGCUGGAAGUGUCUUAAGAGUUGUUUGAUGCUUAAACCAAGGGUAUCUAGUGGUUACUUUUCCAUUGUUUGGGAAACUGUAUCAUGAGACAAAUGUUAGGGAAGACAGCCAGAAUUGAAAAUGCUAGUCUUUCACAACUUUUAAAUACCGGUAUUUCAAUUUAUCAAAAAUAUUUUUAUCCUAUUUUUUUAAAAUUUCAGGCUGCCCUGCGACCCACAGAUGUUGUGCUUGAAGUUGGGCCAGGCACAGGUAACAUGACAGUCAAAUUAUUGGAAAAAGUCAAAAAGGUGUUUGCUCAUUUUUGCUUCUAAUUUUGGUUGCUGAUAUAGCAGAGAAAUAAGCACAAGCUGAGAAUUAAAUAUAUAAAAUUAUCAAUGAAAAAUGCAUAGUUGUGCCAUAGUUUAAGUUAAGUGCCCUUUCUGUUGAUAUUUUUGUACAGGUAGUUAAACUUAAUCCAUCAAUAAAAAAUAUUAUUUACUUAAUAAUGUCAUUUUUAUAAGUUAAAUGUGAAAUGAACAUAUCAAUACCAAGUAUUUAAUUUUUGUUGUAUCUCCAGAUAAUCAUGUAGCUGGCCCUUGCUAUUUCACUACAUUAUAAUUUUAAUUUUAGAGGGAACAUACAAAAUAAAAUGUUAAAGAAUUCAGCUGGUUUUAUAGCCAUGUAUACAAUUUAAUUUUAAGUUGUUGUUUUUUUCUUGAUGCUCUGUAGGUAAUUGCUUGUGAAGUUGACCCCAGGAUGGUUGCUGAGCUCCACAAGAGAGUGCAAGGAACGUAAGUAACAACAUGUGCAUUAAAGACUUUAUAAAUUUAAUCAGCUUGCUUAGCUAAGAAAUUUAAGCAUGCCUAAUGUAAUAUUUGGUUUAUAUGUUCUUAGAUGUACAAGUUUUUGCAGUUAUUAACAUUUAAAAGAUUAUCACACUUUUCUUUUAAAAGAUACCGUAGUAAAUUUCUUUUAAAAACUGGAAUUUUUUUUUAAAUUCUGAGACCUUUAAUUUUUUUUUAAUUUUUUUUUAUGUUAAAUUUACUUAAAUUCAAUGUCAAGAAGCUCAUGAAAAUUUAUUUUUAAAAAAAUUAAAUGAAUACCAGCACUGGCAUACCAAAACAUGUUUUUUUGCUCUACAGACCAGAGGCUGCCAAGCUACAGGUGAUGGUUGGAGAUGUGCUUAAAACAGAUCUGCCAUUCUUUGAUGUUUGUGUUGCUAACCUGCCCUAUCAGGUCUAAGAUUUUAAACAGUUUUAAAUUACAGAAUUAAUUAGAUUGUUGCUUUAAAAGUCUUAAUUCUGAACUUCCUCUGUUCUUGAAAAAUCAGGAUCAUGUUGUAAAAGCUCUUGGCACGGUUCUUUACAAACUAUAAAUGUGAAGUAUAUACUCACAUAUAGGUGAGCACUCUUAGUAUGGGAUUGUCAAAGUGUGUAUUUGUAGUUGACCCACAGAUAGGUCACAUUCUUAGUUUGGGGAGUUGGCCCCUUUUUUGACAUAAAUAUAAUGAAUAUUUGUUAACGAACCUCACAAAAAAAUUUUCCAAGACAACUUGAAAACUGAAAAGUAAUCAUCAGAAACAAUGUAAUUUUUAAGAUAAACCACAUAAAAGAUUUUUAAAGCCGAUUGCCCUCUGCUGUUAGCAAGGAAUAAAAUGAUUAUCCGACUUUUAAUUUGCAUGACUACUCCACACUGAAUAACAGUGAGUAAGCAGAAUUGAAGUUGAGUGGAUAGGCUGCACCCGUUUUUUAUAUUUUGGUUUUAUAAAAGUGUGACCUCUACGCAAGUAUAAAUGGUAAUCACGUUUAAAUAUUGUGGUAAAAUGGUAUUAUUAUCAUCAUAACUGCCCAAUUUUUAAUUAUAAGCAAUUAAAUUUUUUUGCAGAUUUCCUCUCCCUUUGUUUUCAAGCUUCUUCUCCAUAGACCAUUCUUCAGGUAAGUAAUGGCAGCUCAGUACACAUACAAGAAACACUACGAGACUACGAGGUGCUUAUUUUAAAAUAAUAUUUUCAUUUACAGUACAGUUAAUUUUUUAUAUCUUAAAUAAAAAUUGGCACAAAAUUUAAUGUAAUAGGGCUAGUAUAGUAAUAUGGUUUUAUACAAAUUACAAAGUAAUUUACAAGAAAACAAAUAAAUAUGCCUAAUUUGUCAAGUGUUACACCAAAAGACUAAAACAGCUCCAAAAGAAAAUAAUUAUGGAAUUAAAUAUAUCUUGUAAUCUCUAGUUGUUCCUACUGUCAAACUUGUAAUGUAUCCAUAAAUUAUUGACUCAGAUGUGCUGUGCUGAUGUUCCAAAGAGAAUUUGCUCAGAGAUUAGUUGCUGAGCCAGGUGACAAGCUGUACUGUCGUCUCUCAGUCAACACACAACUUUUGGCAAGAGUUGACCAUCUCAUCAAGGUCUUUUUUUAGUAAAUUUUUUUUUUUUUUUAUCUUUCUAUUAAUGAAAUAUUUGUUAACGCAUUCCUUGCUGUUGCGACUAAAAGUUUCAUACCGGGUGUCCUGGUACUACUCUGUCAUUGUCAUUAAAGAGCAACGAAAUCACGCUUACCUGAGACUUUCAAUAAAGAACCUGGAAGUUUUUAUCUUGUUUCACUUCUAUGUACACUUUAUUUAGUACAAUGCCAAAAAUAGAUUUUUGGUCAUUGUUUGAUAUUUAUUCAUCAUUAAUGUUAUAUUUUUCUUAAAUGUUAAUUUGUUCCUGGAUUUAUUUGUCCUUAAUUUGUUAAAAUUAAUUAAAAAUUAGCAGCUAAAAAAAUAUUUCCUUUGUUCAUGAAUAUGAAUUAUGUGUAGAUGUAGCAGAGUCCUAGGGUAUGCUUUAAUUUUGCAAUCAUUUUUCUUUCACUUUAAUUCCAGAAACAGUACGGGUAGUGAAAACUUGAAAAACCAUUAGUUAGUUCCAAGUUGAAAUUAUUUGAUUAUGUCCUGUUUUUGUGGGGGCAAUUAGCUGGGAAGAAUCCAAAUAAAUCUGAAUGAUGGGGGAAAACACCUUUUUUUUUUAUCCAUUGCAUUUAUGUUGAUAAAUUCUUAUGGAAUAUUUCAAACUUCUAAAUUGAAAUAAAUUACUUUUGAUGGGAAACAUGAUCAUGAAUACCAAACUAUUUGCAAUUUUGUUCUAAAGGUUGGCAAAAAUAACUUCCGCCCUCCUCCGAAGGUGGAAUCAAGUGUUGUCAGAAUUGAACCGAGAAACCCUCCACCCCCUGUCAACUUUAAGGUGAGAAACCCUCUACCCCCUGUCAACUUUAAGGUACCGUAGCUUACACAUUUAUUCAAUGACACUCUUCAAAGUUAAACAUUAUUGGGAAAUGGAGAGGCUGCUGUACUAAGAUGAUGAACAGAGUGGCACAGUCUAUAAAUAGUGUUUUUAAAUACCUGCAUCUCAGAUCUUGAAUUUUGGUUUUUAUGCAGGUGAAUAUUAGUAUCAUUUUUUAAAAAAAGAAUAAAUAUAAAUGUGCUUUUGUCAGGCCUAUAUAUAUUUUAUAAAUUUCAGGAAUGGGAUGGUUUAGUAAGGAUAUGCUUCUCAAGAAAAAAUAAAACUAUAGGUGCUUCCUUCAGGUAAUUUGUUUCCUUACAUCUUACGUACUUGUACUUCAAUGUGUUCUUUCAUUGGUCAGAGCACAACCUGCACUCAUUUUCAAAUUCUAUUUUUGACUACUUAUAUUGUUAAUAUCAUGUUUAUUACAUUUCCGUCACAUUUAAUUUUAAGUACAACAGCCGUAAGUAUUAAUAAUAUUGUUUAUGCUAGCAUUUCCCAUCUGCUUAGCAGUGAAAGAAAUUUGUGAUGUCACAUAAAAACCAGCCUUUGGCUAUUUAUUUUUCUCAUUUCCCUUUAAUCCAGGUUCACAAAAGUGUUGGCAGUUUUAGAAAAGAACUAUCGAGUUUCAUGUGCUGUAAAAAAUAUUGUGAGUAUGUACUAGAAUCUUUUGAAUAAAUGAUGAAACUUUUGAUAAUAUUAAUGGGGAAAUUUUUUUAAAAUUCCAGGGACUGGGAAAUCAGAAGAAAAAAAAACACGGUUUUUCAGCAAAAAACGUCAUUUUUUUAAAAGUUUAGGGAAAAUGUUUUUUUAGAACUCGAUAGAAACAAGAAAGCGUAAUAAGAACAUUCUUAAGAGGAGAAAAAACUUACUUAAGGUGUCCAUUCAACUGACAUGUGCAUUCUACAUUUCUAAGUGAUCCCGUAACCCAGCCAGAAAGAAAUUUUGUUCAUUGGCCUGUAGAUUUCUUUAACCAUAUCAAAUUAAUCUUAAUAAGUGAGCGAUUGCAUAGUAACUUCGCCCGUUUUGAUUGCGCCUACACAUUCUUUGGAUAAAACUCGUUGGCGUGUUAUUAUUUUCAAUUUAUAUUGGCGAUAAAUGUGUUUACAAUUGAAAUUCUUCAAAUCUGUUGUGAACAGUUUACCUUAUUUAAUAUGCCUGGAGUUUGUUCUUUUAAUGAUGUAUGGAUGGCUCCAUAAGUCAGAACACAAGUUUUGGUUAAAAAGUAGUGGAUGACAAGAGGAAAUCCUGUUGCAAUUUAAAAAAAAAAAAAAACACAACAGAUAUCUCAUCGGUUGGUGAAGAAGCAUUGAAGAGCCAUGCAUUGGGUAAGCUACAGUAACUUAAAAAUUGAAAGAUAUAAACAUGUCGAUUUUACAGACUCUUUUCAGGUUUAUUUUCUAUAAAAAGUUAAGUAAGCUACUAAUUUGGCUACUACUACUACUAAAAAUUUAUAUUUUCCAGACAUAAGGCUACCAUUUAAAUUUAAAUUGCGAUUUUUAGAUCUAUAUCAGGACUAAAUAGGAAAUUGUUUUUUUUUAAUUUUAGGUAAAAAGAAUGAGAAAGCUGCUAUUAGUAUUAGUGCUAUUUCUUUGACUGCCAAUUCUGGAAUAUUUAAAUAGAACUAAUAAUGCUGACCCAGCAACAUCACCAUGACAUGAAGGGCCUCUCAUGGACAGCUAUCAACAGCAAACCUGUUUAUAUUCAUCCUUUCUGCACAAACUUGAAAGUGAUUAUUGCUGAAAUCAUUUGGGAAAUGACAUGUCCAAAAAAAAUAGUCAUUACGGCUUCAAUUCUUCCAAAGACACUCUACAUUGUUUCAAGGCCACGUUUCCUACUUGUGAAAUAGGAGUUGCCAUCCAAAAAACAAGAAAACAAAACCAAAAAAAAGCAUUGGAAGCAGAUGUAGCCAGUCUAGUUAGCGUAGCCCUACAGCAAGGCCGAAAAGGUUGACCUUAAAACAGACUUCUAUCUGCGCUUCAAAUGUAUUACUAGUUAAUGCUAGUAAAGUCAUCAGAUAAGGAGAAUAAAGUCCUAAACUCCAGAAACUUAUCGCUGACAAAGAGAGAGACCUAUAGUCAAAUAAAAAGUGAACUAUUUUCAUUUUAAAUGCUGUAUUAUUGGUGCAACUAUUAAAUGUCAGGGUAUAUAAAUCAAGCUGAACACUUUAUGUUCAAAGACAGUGGAAACAACUAGGCAGCCAGGACAUUUUUAAAUGCCUUAUGAUUCAUUAUGUUUCAACUAUUAAUUAAAACAACAAAUUACUUCUUAACUAACACUUAGCUGAAUCAAAUGUAUGUAAAUUUGUAAAUACUUUUGUGUUAUAUCUCUACAAGGACAAGCUUGCUAUUUAUAGAUAUAUAUUUUAUAAACCUAUGCUAUAAUUAGGUGUUUGUUUUUUUCUCUUUAGAAUAUGGUACAAUAAUACACAAGUCUUUACAUUUUUUUUAAUAAGGUCUCUGAAGGUUGGAGAAAAGUUUGUGAAUUCUAGGUCCAGCCUGUAUGAAACAGUAAUAAACAGAAGAGAUAGAGAUACAUCAAAAUCAAGUUGAAUUGACACAAGAUAUUCUGAUUAGAAAAGAACUAUAAGAAAAAGAUACUGAUCCUGUCCAUGUUGUAUAAUUUUUAGGGGUGUGCCGGAAUCCGGUUCCGCCGGAUUUUGCACUAUCCGGUGAAAUCCGGUUCCGCCGGAUUUACAUGUAUCCGGAACAACCGGAUUCCGGAAUCCGGAAUAUACCGGAUUUCGGAAUUUGCCAGAUUUUGUGACUCACCGGAUCAUAAUCUGAAAUAAAAGUAAUUCUCUUUCCCGAAUUCCACACGAUCACGAUACAUUAAUCGAUUGUUUCGAGCGUUGAGCUUGUUUAAUGUUUAAUAUUCCGUACAUACCAGAGGCUAGAGUCAGCACCGCUAAUAGUGGCCAAUAGUGUAGGGACUUUGAUAAGAAAAUUUAAACUUUUUGUAAAAAUAAACCAAUGGCAUAGUUGAAAAGAUGUAAUUUUUUAAAGAAUUAUAACACCAAAAUCAUAUUUUUAGCUGUUGUAGUUUUAAAGUUAUGAAUUUUUAAAGUACGACUUGGUUUGUCAUUUUUUAACAUGGACUGCAUCUCCACAUUCUGUGAUCUCAUUCCACCAAUCCCGUCAUGCGCAAUGACUAUAUAGUUUAUAUAAGGCAACGCAUUCCCUGCCUUAUCACUAAAAUACUGUUUAGACUUAGUUUAAACUUUCAACUUUGGCACAUGAAUAAUUAAUUAAAGCUUUCCCUGACCAAUGGUUUAAUAGUUUUUGCACACGGCAAACUCUUAUGAAUGAAACUCUGAGGUAGUACUACGAUACAGUUAUGCAAGUGGCUGUGAAUGGUUGCCAAUGACAACGUGUUGCACACGGUAAAUUCUGAUCAUUUAUAAUAUGGAUUCUACCGGGUUGUUAAAGCUCAAAUUAAAACAUUCCAGUUUAAAUGUCUUUAAAUGCAUUCUGAAACACAAGUUAUCAAUUAUUUUGAUGUAAAUAGUGAUAAUAAAUUAAUAUUUCCUAAGUAUCGUCAACUUCCGCCAUUAAAAAGGGGGGCGUGGCCAACCCCAUGGCGAAAUUAGGUUGAGCGAGCUGCAUGACCUGCUGCGAACGCGUAGAAACAUGGCGUCUCUCGUAAGACACUUAUCCAAAUGGAACGGAACUCAAAUAUAUAUCGAAAGUACUAAUUUAAUAAUAAAUAGACACACACAUCGGAAAAUUAAAAACUCGGAUUAUUCCGGAUCCGGCGGAUUUCGCAUAAGAAAAUCCGGAUCCGGUUGGAAAAAACGGAUCCAGCACACCCCUAAUAAUUUUGUUUUAUUUUACUAGCAAAAAACUAUUUUAACAUUUCAGAUUGUUCCAGAUGAUUUUAAUGUAAAGAGUCAAGUCACAGAAUUGUUACAGACUAGUGGCUUUGAAGAAAAGAGAGCACGCUCAAUGUCUAUCGAUGAUUUUAUUGAGUAAGUUUAGUCAAGUAAUGUACUAUAGAACCAACAUCCUGUUUAAAAAAAAAUCCUAACUUGAGGCAGACAUGCCAUACAUCUAUGAAAUUUAAAUAUGUGUUGAAUCCUGGCCAUUUUUAAGGAUAUGGUCUGGUAUGCAACAAUAUUUAUGUCCAGAUCACUUUGUAUGCAACUUGCAAGCUAACCAGAGUUAAAUGUUUGCUGACCUGAGCUAAUUUGGCACAUGUGCUUUCCCAUGCAGACCAAAUAAGACAUGCAGGCAACAUUCAAUAACCCAAAUCUUAAAGACCAGUUGCAUGAUUCACUGGCUUUUUUACACUUUUCAUUGCAGGCUGCUGAAUUUAUUCAAUGAAGCUGGUUUUCAUUUUAUGUAAAGUUAAAUGCUGUUACAGAAGUUAUCAAGGGCCUUGACUGGAACAGGAUACCCAGGAAUAAGUGCAGGGAACAUUACAUGAACAUAGGUUAAGUCUUCUGGUAACUUGAGCUCUAUUUGAAUACAGGACUUAAAAACCUUUGCCCUAUAUCCCACUCUAUCCAUUUGUGAAUAUUUUGUAAAUCAUGCAUAAGACAACUGCAAGUGGUUACCAGAAUAAAAUGGUACUGUUAGUAAAUAUUGAAAAUUUAAUUGAUCCAGUUAAGUUGCUAACAAAAGCAGACAUUGGUAUUUAAAGUAAAUGUGUUUAUUUUACAAUAGUGGCAAAUGCAUCAUUUUGUGAGGUGUGUAGUAAAUAAAAUUUGUUUUUCACCUUUGUUUUACUCAAUUUUAUCUGCAUUUAUUACAUUUCAUAUAAUGUAAAUAAAAAUAUGUAAAUAUUUUAAAAAUCAUUAAAAACGAUGACAAAUUGUUGGGAAAUAGUUUUCUUUCUCUGUUCUUUAAAAUAUUCAUCGGUAUGGAGUACCAAGUGAAUAAAAUGUGUUUAUUUCAGUGAAUAUGAUUCAUAUUGUCUUUAAUAUUCAAAUAGAAGAAUGCACAAUAUACCACAGCCUUUAUUAAUAACAUAACUCCAACAAUAACUAGUUAAAUAAACCUCUAUACAAAACAAUACUUUGAACAUAGUUAAUAAUAUAGUUAUCAUAUGCCUCCUUCCAUUACCAGAUUACUAAUACAUAAUUGCUCUCAAUGUUUAAAUGCCAGUUGAUACUGAUCAAUAUGCAGAAGUGAAAUUUCUUCAUUACUUAGAGCAGAACAGCGGUUCUCAACCUGUGGGUCACAACCCCUUUGAGGGUCGAACGACAUGAAGUGGCCAAGAAAAUUAUUUUAUGGUUGGGGUCACCACAACAUGAGGAACUGUAUUAAAGGGUCGCAGCAUUAAGAAGGUUGAGAAGAGAACCACUGACUUCGAGGAUUACAAUUAUCACCUCUAAAUUAUAUUUAUUAACAUUUUGUCACUACAGGUUAUUUUAUAUAUAUAUAACUAUUAUUCCUUUGAAGUGAUCUAUCAAUCCCUACUGUUGGAGACCAAGGCAACUUAUAAAAUGCUGACAUUAACAAUAGCUUCAAAAUAAAUAAAAUGUUUAAGAGCAUCUCAUAUGCAAUUUUGUGACUAUUACCACAAAAGACUAGCAAAACAUAAUAUUAUUACUAUAUACACUCUGUGGGAGGGUAAUGAAAACAGGACGUACGAAGGGCAAUUUUAUACAUUUUUAGAAUGAAAAAAACCUUAAUAAAUCUGUUCCUUAAAUCUGUGCUGUAAAUUUGAUAUAAAGACCAUUAAUUUGCACCCAUUUACUUUCUAUUAAGGAAAGGACAUUUUGAAAAAAAAUUGAUACUGAUGAUACAAAGGGUGAUGAGAUUGGGCAAAAAAUAAAAUCUGUCAGUGUACACACAGAAAAAAUAUAUCAGGGAAAUGAUAGCAAGGGACAUUGUCUAACAUCCUUCAUUUUACAUACAGGUACCUACAAUCACUAACAUUAAAUGUGUUUGUAAAAAUGUGGCUCAGGAGGUUGUUUUUUUUUCUUCAAAGCUUCACCUUUCAUUCAAUAGGCUCUUCUUUUUUUUUUUUAAACAGAAAAUUAACAAUGGUCUUGAGUUGUGGGUUAUCAUUUCCCAAUAUUAAUGGAGAUUUUAAUUUACAUAAUCAGAUCAUAAUAAUAGAGGCAAUAGAAGAGACAUUUUUUUCUUCCCAUUUAACAUAUUUCCAGACUAACCUACUAUGGCUCACAGUCAAACUUUACUCCUUUUAUAAUCUUCUCCAAUAUUCACUUUUCUAUUAUGAACCAGGAUGUUUACAUCAAGUUCAUAACUCAAAAUAAUAUGUACAAAUAUAAAUAGAAUGAAUUAAGAAAUGCCCUACUGGUUGCAAGUCACAGGAACAAGAUCACAUAUCAAACAUGGUUUUUUCACAGUUAACAUUCUGAAAAUUAAGGUCUUUAUUUUCAGUAAUAAACAAAAAAAAACUGUUUAAAAAGAGAAACUAGGAAAUAGUGGAUAAUAGCAAUGAUAAUUUUGUUGGAACGUGCCUCAGAUAUAUUUCUUAAAUAAGGGCAGACAUUGAUCGAAAUGAGAAUACAGUACUGAAUGUCUCAACGUAUGUCUAAUUGAAUAGGUGAAACUUACUUGUACAGAUGGAAUAUCUGAAAUACAUGUAUUUGGGCAAUUACAAAGCUUAUUGUCUUUAUAGAUGUUUUUGUCAUUAAUUUUUUUUUUUGUUGUCAGAAUGACUCACACUGAAUUUUAAUGGUUAGCUUUUAUUCUCUUUUAAAAAGGGAAUCUCUAAUGCUGAAAAAAAGUUUAAAUCAUUUUCUGUAAUUAUUUGAACAGAGAUCAAUAACUUGGUAAAUAAGAGCUGAAAGUAGUGAAAAAGUUAUUAAAA